CCAAUCGGCAUGUUAACGUAGCAGUAUUGCAGAUUGCAGUAUGUAUUUUGUUGUGCUUAGCUAACAUAAAUAAUAUAGUUUUAUUUAAUCUCGUAAUAUAAUCUUGAAGUGUUAUCAUUAUGCCAGUGAAGCAAGGACGCUGUAAAAAUAAGAAGGAUUCAGUUAUUAAAUAAAACUCAUAUUUAUAUGAAAUAUGAACCUGAAAUCACUUCAAAAAUGAGUGAAAGUGAAUCCAUUUAUGGGACAACCUUGUCUCAAGAAUCUAUCAAAGUGAUAGCUGAAAGUAUUGGUGUUGGCAAUUUCCCAGAUGAGGCUGCAAAAGAUCUUGCAGAGGAUGUUAGCUACAGGCUGAAAGAAAUAAUUCAGGAUGCUGCAAAAUUUAUGAGACAUGGGAAACGUCAACGAAUGACUACACAUGAUAUAGAUCAUGCAUUGAAGAUUAAAAACAUUGAGCCAACAUAUGGAUUUUUUUCUAAGGAUCACAUACCAUUCCGCUUUGCAUCAGGUGGUGGAAGGGAAUUGCAUUUUGUAGAGGAAAAAGAGAUUGAUCUUAACGAGGUUGUAUCUAUGGCUGGUGGACAAACAUGGCCUAAGCUACCUUUAGAAAUCACAUUGCGGGCUCAUUGGCUAUGUAUUGAUGGAGUACAACCUACUAUACCUGAAAAUCCACCACCAGUAUCAAAAGAUGUCCAGAAAUUGGAAAGUGUUGAUCCGACAACUAAGCUGUCCAGCAAAAAUCAAAACAUUGGUAUUGGUAAACCGGGCGGCGGUGGCAAAAGUCAGAAGCUACGGAAUGUAGAAACUAUUCAUGUGAAACAGCUCGCAACGCAUGAACUUAGCGUGGAGCAGCAAUUGUACUAUAAAGAAAUAACCGAAGCAUGUGUUGGAUCCGACGAAGCCCGCAGAGCGGAGGCUCUUCAGUCGCUCUCGGCAGAUCCAGGUCUGCACGAAAUGCUGGCGCGUAUGUGCACUUUUAUCGCGGAGGGUGUGCGGGUUAACGUGGUGCAGAAUCAUCUCGCGUUACUCAUCUACCUCAUGCGAAUGGUCAAAGCUCUACUGGAUAAUCCAAGUCUUUAUCUGGAGAAAUAUCUUCAUGAAUUAAUACCAUCAGUUGCAACCUGUAUAGUUUCUCGACAAUUAUGUAUGAGACCAGAUCAAGACAACCACUGGGCGUUACGAGACUUUGCUUCCCGGCUUAUGGCACAGAUAUGUAAAAAUUUUAACACCUCUACAAAUAAUGUACAAACUAGAGUUACCCGUAUGUUUAGUCAAGCAUUGGCAAAGAACAAUCAGACACCAUUAGCGUCUCUUUAUGGAGCAAUUGAAGGCCUCUGUGAAUUAGGUCCAGAAGUGAUUAAAGCUUUGGUUAUCCCCAAAAUUAAAUCCAUCUCCGACCGCAUUGAAUCGUACAUUGAAGGACAAGGAAUAUCCAAUGUGGAUAAAAAUGGAGCAGGACAUAUUAAAACUCUGCUUGUGAAAUCGGUUGCUCCAGUUUUGAAAACAAUACGGUCACCACCUGAUUACGUGGACGAUUAUAAACAGGAUUAUGGAUAUAUAGGUCCUGCAUUAUGUGCUGCAGUUGCAAAAGCUCGCAUGCAACCUGUUGCUUUAGCAACCACAACUACAACUACAGCACUUACAACGAAUCAACAACAGGGUUCUAAUUGUACGGGAAGAACACUUGUGCAAACAGUGACUAGUGCGAGUCCUGGACAGCAAACCGGUCGCACAAUUAUGCUUGGUACAAGCAGAAAUGCUAGCGGAACUUCCGCUGCUAGUGGACAAAAAUUCGUUAUCCUGCAAUCGCGCUCACAAACACCUACCGCCUCCAAUAUAAAUACUAAUACGAUUCAACAGCAACAGCCACAAGCACAACAGCAACAACCUCCUCCACUUCAACAACAACAACAACCGUCUCAACAAGUGAAAUUGGCACAGACCAAUGUCGGCCAACAAAAAGCACAUAUACAAAGUUCCACUACGAAAGUAGUUGUAGUGUGCAUGUCUGCCAGUAGUCACACUAAUACAUCAGUGACACAACAAGCGAAUCUAACGGCAAACACGCAAAAUGUCUUCGUAACACAACAAAAUGUCGAAGGAUCACUCAGUCCAGAAGAGGAGCACUCGUUUCAAUGAAAAUAUAUAUAUAAGAAUACAAACAUAUGAAAAUAGAACUUCCAAAUCCUUCCUUAUAUAAUUAAUACAUUUUCUAGAUAAGAGCAAAUAGUUUUUAAAAAAAAAAUAAAUUUUUAUGCAAA